AUGGCUGGCGACUGCGGCAUCUCGUGCCCCGUCGAUGGCGGAUACUUUUCCUACAGCCCUAGCAUUGCAGGCAACGCCAUCCUGCUGGCCCUCUUCUCUCUCCUUUUGCCUAUAACCUUGUACAUGGGGUACCUAUUUCGGACACCGUUCUUCUCUGCCGUCUUGGCCACGGGCCUCGCAUUCGACGUCGUGGGGUUUGCGGGGCGGGUGCUCCUCCACGGAGACAGGGCGAGCCAGACCUACUUCACCCUGUCGAUGCUUGGCACGGUGCUGGGCCCAACAUUCACGGCUGCAGCUAUUUUCGUCGUCUUACCUCACGUACUUGCUGUUUACGGUGACCACCUAAGCCCGUGCAGACCAAGCUUCGUGGAGGCCGGCCUAUGCAGCCUGACCUGCGCGGCCCUGGUCAUUGAGCUGGUGGGCGUCUUGUUCGUGGUAUAUAGCUUUAGAGAUGUGCCGCGGUCGGAGAGCGCCGGGAUCGUGGCAGGUGGACUCGCCGUUCAGUCUGCUGCAUUAUUCGGGGCUUCUGUGCUGUACUUUUGGUUUACAUUGAAACUGAAUUCCGGUCGACGGGUUCCUGAUGAGAGCCACGUUUCCGUCUACCUGUCAAACAGGUUCGGCCGGUUUUUGCGCGGCUUGGAAACAGCUACAGCCCUUCUUCUAGUCUACUCCGUCUACCGCGUCAUAGAGAUGGCCGGUGGUGUGGAUGGUGACCUCUUCCAGAGCGAGAAGGCCUUUAUGGUGAUGAACGGUGCGAUACCUCUCGCAGUCUGCAUACUCUUGAGCGUCUUCCACCCCGGCAUCGCGUACGGGUCGUCAUGGGACCAAACGUCACCUCGCAGAGCGAAACAGCCGAUCCAGCUGCCGUUGCAACAACAGCCACUCACGCAUAGGACGCACUAUGCGUACGAGCCAAACAUACGUCACCAGUUCCCGGCACGGUCUCGCAGACCGAAUCGAGCCCUCGACCCUCCGCAGGCGGGCUCAGGCUCGGCGGGCCUCCCGGCCACACCACGACCGAGCCAUAAGCCCCCGAGCCCGAGGGCCCCAUCCCCGAAGUCGACGAUAGCGACAAGCCGGAGGCAUAGCGGCAGGUCGGAACGCAAGAGCCACGUGCAACCGGACCUGGUGGAUAGCGAUAUGCUGUGGUAG